AUGGAUUACCACCGCAACUACCGUCCUUGUUCCACUUUCUUCGUGGAGGAUGACUAUGGAAUGGAAUCUCGAAUCCGUGCUGAACGUCAAGCGAAGCAGGAACAUGACAAGCUCCUUGCUCGUGAGCGUCAGUACGCCAUGGCCGACGAGCUGUCCAGACUCACCAGCGAUGAGCUUCGGGAUGAUGUCCUGAGCCACAUGCUGGAGAUGGAUAGCCAAACUCAGCCUGACGUCGAAUCCAUCGACAUCCAAACCGAAAUCCAGUGGUUCAUGCGACCCUAUCUUCUUGACUUUUUGAUCGAGGCCCACACUGCGUUCCAGCUCCUGCCAUCCACCCUGUUCUUGGCGAUCAACCUUUUGGACCGAUACUGCUCCAAGCGUGUCGUCUAUAAGCGUCAUUAUCAGUUGGUUGGCUGUGCAGCUCUGCUAAUUGCGGCCAAGUACAACGACAAGAAGGACCGCGUUCCUACUGUCAAAGAAUUGAAGUCGAUGUGCUGUUCGCUCUAUGAUGAUGACAUGUUCAUUCAGAUGGAGUGGCAUGUCCUUCAGACUCUUGGCUGGACCAUCGGACACCCGACCGUGGACGCUUUCCUGCAGCACGCCGUCUUAGAUGAGCCUUACGACCCCGAGGUGGAACACAUGGCUUUGUACAUUCUGGAGAUCGCCCUGUUUCACCGUGACUUUGUCUCCAAGCAGUCAUCAGAGCUCGCUCGUGCUGCCCUGGCUCUGUCUCGUUGCAUCCUCAACCGGCCGCAGCCUCGUCACACUCACUGGGCUUCUCAGUACGACUCGAUGACCCUUGUUGCCUUGUCUCAACAGUUGCACCAGCCUUCCACCGUCGUUGCCCGCAAGUAUGCUUCGGCUCACUACUCGCGUGUCUCCAAGGUCAUGGAGCACUUCCUCAACCGCCAGGCUUCUUUGGCCAGCUACGCCCGUUGCACCCCUCCGGUCGAGACUCCUGUCGAGUCGAAGCCUUACAAUGGGGAGAUGGGCCUUGCAACCCCUCAGAAGUCUUCGCAGUUGACUGCUAUUCCCCAUGGAUACCUCACUCCACCAAUCACUCCGGAGAACGAGGCUCUCGUGCAUGCUCAUGCACAAAUGGGGAACCAUGACAUGACCCGCGGGAUGCCCACUGUCCACGGCUGUUCGCCAUCACCAGCACCUUCCGCUGAGAUGCAAUACAUGAACAGUGAAGCAUACCAGCAACACCAAGAAGCUUUGUACAUGGCUCAGCAGGCCGCCCUCCAACACUUCCCUGCUGCCCCGACUCACAUGGAAAUGGAUCAGACCUAUGCGGGUGGGAUGUAA